AUCUCCUCAGCGUUUACGGAUUCCUUCUCUCUAACGAUCUCACAAAAUUCUUAUUUUCUAGUAAUAAACAAUUAUGAUGAAAGGUUGUCUUUUGCUAGAGCAACUUAGAAGAAUGGAUGCACUACGUUGCUUGAUUCUGCUUCUAGUCGCAGUCCAGAUGGUUUCCUCAAGGGGCCGACCAAUUAACAUCUUUUCACAGAAAAGCGGAGGAGACAUUCUUCAGCUCAGAGAUACGGGCAAGAUGUUCAAUGCUCUACACCGUGAUUCCGAUUUGAAAUGGAAUAUUCAAGAUGGAGAUGGAAAUUACGUAAUCCCAUACAGAAUCACUGGAAGAUACCAAUCGUCGGAACUGCAGACAAUUACCAGAGCAAUGAAACGUAUUGAAGCAAACACGUGCAUUCGUUUUAGGACAAGAAAAAAUGAGAGAGAUUACAUUGAGAUUCAAAAUCAACGCGGUCAAGGUUGUUACACGAGUGUUGGACGUCCAGGUGGCAAAAGCGUUUUGAUGCUUGAGGCGGGCUAUGAGGAAACAUGCAUGGAAACUGAAAUAGUGCUCCAUGAGUUGCUACAUGUGGUUGGACUAUGGCACGAGCAUAUGCGCUAUGAUCGUGACAAAUAUAUCAAAGUCCACUAUGAGAACAUCGAUAGGGGAUACUGGAGCCAGUUCGAAAAAGUAUCGCCCUAUGAAGCAACCACAUUCAAUGUGCCAUAUGACUACAAAUCGGUUAUGCACUAUGACAAAAAUUCUUUUGCCAAACCUGGAAAAAUCAGCAUGGAAACGCUGGACCGCAGAUAUCAAGAUGUAAUCGGUAAUGCUAAAGACGCCAGUCCGAAUGACUAUCGCAAGGUUUGCGAGAUUUACGGGUGUAGUCAAUGUAUGAGCAACAGCAUACCUACCGAAAGCCCCGUGGUGACAUUUAAGCCAACAUUACCGCCCAGAGGAAGAUGCAUCGAUGUCAAUCCUCAAUUCUGUCGUACAAUCGCCAGACUUCGAGUGAUUGACUGCAUGUUCCAUUCGAAAUACUGUUGUGCCACAUGUGCAUCAUUAGGUUAUAACAGAAGACAAACACCAUGGGAUUCGUUCUAUCGGCUAUUUGAUUUUUGGAAUCGUUUCUAAGUUAUGGUCUAAUAAUGAGCAUAAAAUAAAUUAUUGCCCUUUC